AGGCUGCUUGAUUCUGGCCGCAGUGCCAUGGCAAUGCUCGAUGCCGGUGCUGUGAUGGCAAGGCUCGAUUCCUGCGGUGCAAUGUCUGGCUGUGCCGCGAUGGUGAGGCUCGAUUGCGGCCGCUGUGCAAUGGCAAUGAUUGCUGCUUCCGGCUGUGCUGCGAGGCAAGCGAGAUUUACAUGGAGAGAGCAUUGGUGCUGCUUCACGCAAUUGUAUCACUCAAGGUGUCAUCUCUACUGGAGAAACUCUAAUUCCACUGUGCUUGUGGAGGUUGCUCUUACCAUAAAAACCCUCCAGAUGAGUAAUGUUAUUGGUUUUUUAGUAGUAAUGCUCUCAUCAUGCUUUCCAGGGCAAGCCCUUACUAAAAGCAUUUUACUGGGCAAAGAAUAAUUCCACUUUACUAGAGUUUGUUUUUGC